AGGGAGCGGGUCCGCGGUCGCCGGCCGGGUCUUUCGCAGCCUUUUCCCCCCUUCCACUCCCGUCCCCUGGCUGAGCCUCGACCCUCCCGGCCGUUUCCCCACCCGAAAGCAAGCUCGCCUCGCCGCCAUGCGUCUCCGCCGCCUAGCGCUGUUACCCGGCGUGGCGCUGCUGCUCGCCACAGCCCGCCUGGCCGCCGCCUCCGACGUCCUGGAACUCACGGACGACAACUUCGAGAGUCGAGUCUCCGACACGGGGUCUGCCGGCCUCAUGCUCGUCGAGUUCUUCGCCCCUUGGUGUGGACACUGCAAGAGGCUCGCCCCUGAGUACGAGGCUGCAGCUACUAGAUUAAAAGGAAUAGUCCCACUAGCAAAGGUUGACUGCACUGCCAACACAAACACCUGUAACAAGUAUGGAGUCAGUGGAUAUCCAACACUGAAGAUAUUUAGAGAUGGUGAAGAGGCAGGUGCUUACGAUGGGCCGAGGACCGCCGAUGGAAUUGUCAGCCACUUGAAGAAACAGGCAGGACCAGCUUCCGUGCCUCUCAGGACUGAGGAAGAAUUUAAGAAGUUCAUUAGUGAUAAAGAUGCUGCUGUGGUGGGUUUCUUCAAGGAUUUAUUCAGUGAUGCUCACUCCGAGUUCCUUAAAGCGGCCAGCAACUUGAGGGAUAAGUACCGAUUUGCGCACACCAACGUGGAGUCUCUGGUGAAGGAGUAUGAUGAGGAUGGAGAGGGCAUCACCUUGUUUCGUCCCUCACAUCUGAAUAACAAGUUUGAGGACAAGACUGUGGCAUACACAGAACAGAAGAUGACCACUGGCAAGAUUAAAAAGUUUAUCCAGGAAAACAUUUUUGGGAUCUGUCCUCACAUGACAGAAGACAAUAAAGAUUUGAUACAAGGCAAGGAUUUACUUACUGCUUACUAUGAUGUGGACUAUGAAAAGAAUACUAAAGGAUCUAACUACUGGAGAAACAGAGUAAUGAUGGUGGCAAAGAAGUUCCUAGAUGCUGGACACAAACUCAACUUUGCUGUAGCUAGCCGGAAAACCUUUAACCAUGAACUGUCCGAUUUUGGUUUGGAAAGUAGUACUGGAGAGAUUCCUGUUGUUGCUAUCAGAACAGCUAAAGGAGAAAAAUUUGUCAUGCAGGAGGAGUUCUCGCGUGAUGGCAAGGCUCUCGAGAGGUUCCUGCAAGAUUACUUUGAUGGCAAUCUGAAGAGGUACCUGAAGUCUGAGCCCAUCCCUGAGAGCAACGACGGGCCUGUGAAGGUAGUGGUAGCAGAGAAUUUUGAUGAAAUAGUGAAUAAUGAAAAUAAAGAUGUCCUGAUUGAGUUCUAUGCUCCUUGGUGUGGUCACUGUAAGAAUCUGGAGCCCAAGUAUAAAGAACUGGGAGAGAAGCUCAGCAAAGACCCAAAUAUUGUCAUCGCAAAGAUGGAUGCCACAGCCAAUGAUGUGCCUUCUCCAUAUGAAGUCAGAGGUUUUCCUACCAUCUACUUCUCUCCAGCCAACAAGAAGCAAAAUCCAAAGAAAUAUGAAGGUGGCCGUGAAUUAAGUGACUUUAUUAGCUAUCUACAGCGAGAGGCUACAAAUCCCCCUAUAAUUCAAGAUGAGAAACCCAAGAAGAAGAAGAAGGCUCAGGAGGAUCUCUAAAGCAGCAGCCAAAUACACACUUUGUAAAAGGACUCUUCAGCCAGACACGGGAAAACUAUUGGGGAAGACUGGGACCCAUGUGGGAUUACUACCUCUCGGGCCUGAGAGGACAGAAUGGAUGUAAUCUGAAUCCUGUUCAAUUUUCUCUAAACUUUCUUAGCUGCACUGUUUAUGAAAAUACCAGGACCAGUCCAUGUUUGUGGUUUGGGGGGAAAUUAUUUGUGUUGGGGAGAAAGUUGUGGGGGUGGGGAGGGAAUUAAGUUGGGGGGUUAUUUUCUAAUUUUUUUUGUACAUUUGGAAUAGUGACAAUAAAUAAGCCCCCUUUAAAUUGUCAUUUUUUUUCCUCUACGGAUGAAAAACCAAAGUCCAAUAGGACUUUCCUACAGUCAUAGAAAGGUUCUGUGAUCAGCAUUGUUCAGUACCUGUACUAAGCAGCAACUAAAAUGUGGCUAGGAAUUGCAUUUUUAAUUUUAAUUACUUAAACACAAAUUCUACCCAAGUUUCUGCUUUCCUCCCAUGCUCAUGUGUUUAUUGCACAAGUUGCCGACCUGAUGAUUAGACCUGGUAGAGAGUCCUUUCUUACUGGGCUGUUUCGGACCCCACCCAUGCUCUUGCCAUGCAGCUGAACUUGUUGCUUGCCUAACCCCCAGACAUCUCAUGAGUGGGUGUGGCAUCAGGUUGAGGUUCAGGAUUGCUCUCAGUGCUGGGUGCAGCUCUCCUCCCCCAAAGCCUGUGGUAUGGCCCAUUAAUUUCUCUCUCUAGUAGAACCAGAGAAAAGCAAUUGUGAGCAUAAUAUGAGCUUUCCUCCACAACAGUGAGGGGAGGGUGCAGGGGGAAGAGCAUGACUGAAGUUCAAAUGAGUUAAAGAACCAUUUUUGGUAGCUAGAUCAAAAUCCUGUCCACAGGAUAAUUUCAAAUAGGAACCUUGCUUUGAGGUGCUCAUGCACAUCCUUGUAUGCAGAAAAUAACUUCCUACUAUCACCCCUGGUUCUCAUGUGUAAGUGUGGUAGGGCCUUACAGCAAAACACACAUCACGAUCAUCAUAAAUGAUGCUUUAAUUAAAGGUGUGUAAACCAUAGUCUUACAGUUUCUAACUCCUAACCACAUGAGUUGGGGCCAGGGAGCCAAUCUCUUAUUUGAAGAGCAAGGGAAGGAGGACAGGGAGA